AUCCCUCUCCUUGCCUUUGUUAAUCCCACCGUGGCAAACCAAACAUAUCCCAAGUCUUUCUUCAACUCUAAUGUAACCUACGAAGCAGUAUCUUUUAUUUUCUCUUUGCCAUCGCUUUCGCUCUCAAUAAAACAAAAAUGGCGUUAUCUUCCUUCACUCACUGUUCCUGUUCCUUCGCUUCUCAGCUCCUCCCUUCUCGCCGGCCCAACCCCACAAACAUUCCUUCUUCCUUCUUCUUCUCCCCUUCUCGUACACUCCGAUCUCCGACAGUCCUCCGCUUAGCUGCCGCAAAAAGCGACGACAAGACCAAAACCGACAAGACCAAAGAUGAAGAGGUAGAGGAAGUCGAGGUCGAAGAGGAGCUUCCGUGGAUUCAGGAGAAGGCCUUGGACUUGGUGGAGUUCACGGGCUCCGUCACGCAGGCCAUUCCUGGGCCCAGAGUUGGGGCCACUUCUCUUCCAUGGAUUCUCGCUCUUCCUCUUGCCUAUGCCGGGAUUACUUUCGUCAUUGCCUUUGUCAGGACCGUCAAGAAGUUCACUUCACCGAGAGCGAAGCGCAAGAGAUUGAUCAAUAAAAAUGCCAUGCUAUGCAAAUCAAUAGAUGAAUUGUUUCAGAAAGGAAGAGAUGAAGUAACCCCGGAUGCACUCAAGACUCUUGCACAAAAGACAGAUUUCGCCGUGGAUGAGAUUUUGCGCAAGUAUAUACGAUAUGCUUUGAAUGAGAAGCCAUUCAACCCCGAUUUGGUAGCUGGCUUAAUUCAUCUCGGGAAAGCUUCUGGAUUGGAUGACUCCCAGAUUGCUGAGGUUUUAAAUGAAAUCUCUAGACGGAUUGUACGAGAUAAAGGUCCGGUCGUCAUGGAUAUAUCCGGUUAUACCGAAAAGGGUUUCAAGAGAAAACUAGCUGUGCAGAUCCUUUUUGGAAAAGUCUUCUAUCUUUCUGAGCUUCCGGAAUUCUGUUCAAGAGAUAGCUCCUUAAGUAUCAAGGAAAUAUUUGGGGUCACAGACGAGGACGCAGACCAACUCCGACUCCACACGCUCUCCGAGGCAGGGGAUGUGGAUUUGCUCGAGAAGCUGGUCGAUGAUGGCUCAGAUUCAGAAGAAUCCACUGAGGAGCCAUCUCACGAGUCUUAAUUCAUAGGUAUCCAUAUCCAUGAAACAUUUUGUGCAGAAAAAAAGUUUUAACUAUAAUGUGCGGUGCGGAUUCUUUAUGCCUUUGCUGACAAGAAAGGGCUGGAGCAGAAUUGUUUAUGAGUUGUGUUUUCUUUGGAUCAUGUAUGUGGAAAGUUUUGGUGACAGCAUCAGUUUAAAGCUGACAAGAAAGAGCCGACCAGUGUUCUUUGUUUUUAUGCUUUAUACUUGGUUUAUCAUGCUCUCUCUUUCUGCAAGAUGACUAUACCAUACCAGGCCGGCGUAGUCGUUGAUUUACUCCGCUAAUGACAAAGUUGAUUCCUGUUUCUAUAUUAGAGGCCAUAGCUGUGCUGCUGUCGAACCGGCGAACGCAUCCACUGAACUGCCCAUCCCAUAACCCUGAAAUCCUUAAAAAAGAAAAAAAGAAGAAAAGAAAAGAAGAGAAAAUACGAAGGUUGGAAUGUGUAAUCCCUGUUUGGAAAGAAGCCGAUAAUGAGAAAAACCUCGUUUGUGCUAGUUGCUUGUUACAGAAAUGAUGAGGACGUUUGUUUCUUAUAUUCGUCCCUA